AUCGUGUUUCCCUCGUUAUACAUCCAUACAAUAUACCUGCAUUGGCGUGCGCGAGGUGCCGAAUAUUUUGCAAGAUGCAAAACAGUCUCGUCGACCACGACGAGUUUACAUUUUUACUCCCGCACGAGGAGAGAGAUAGAGUGCGCGCUUAAGUAACGACUGGGUUUACUCUGCUAAGUGACGAUUACGUAAAAUCACAUUAAACAGAGAAAAAGAUACGGAUAAACGGGGGAAAGAGUGCUGACACUUUUAUUGAGAUGAGGAGAGCAUCGUUUGAUAAACACAAUAAUACAAAACGCAAUAUCCUAAGCAACGUGGCGUACAACUUCACGACAAACGUUAAAGAUGCCGGGUUCAAGUGCAUAAAUUACAAUCACCACGAGAGUAAUUACUUGCAACGAAGCGUCUCCGCCGAUAAUGUUGUAAUUCGCUCACGCGGUUUCAAGCCAUCCGAUAGACACGAUCCGGUAAAGAGGAAUUUACUUGAAAGUCUAACUUCAAAAAUACUGCACUUCGACAUGGAGAGCGGCGAGACGACUCCCAUUAAUCUGCAAAAAUUGCUUACACCAGCAUCCGACACGAAUGAGCUGUUACAUGCGAAAAAUAAGAAGAUGUACGCAUCAUCUUAUUUUUAUGCACCAACCCAUCCGACUGUGGAAGAUCAGGUAGAGCUCGCACGUCGAAUUUCCCAUUCGUUGAGCGAUGUGAAAAACCUGAAGAGCAAAGGUCAAUCGAUGUACGUUAAUCGUAAAAAACGAUCUGUAAAAUGGAUUCACGAUGGGAACGGAGCCGAAGGCGAGGAAGAGUCAUCUUCUCCAGUGCACAAGGACAAGGUGCCUCUGAAAUGCGUGAUGAAUCCAAAUGGAAAAGUAUUGGAUAUCCAUGGUAUACAGGCAUUAGGAGAGGAAGUAAAUAUAGAAACAAUGCCAUCCCAUCCUGAGAAGCUUUUUGAUAUUGUUCGUGACCUGAAUAAUCAAAAAGGCCGUGGUGCUGAGAUAUUCGCAAAGCGUAGGAAAAGGUCUGAAAAGUGGGUGGUUGAUCAGGAAAAAUCGCAGACUCCAACGACUCCUGGUUUACCCAAAGUACCGACCUACCCCAGUAAACAUGACAUGGAACUGAAGGAAAAUUCAAAGUUACCUACUGUGGAUCCUCUGCCACCGUAUAUACCGGCUACACCGGCUCCAGUAGCCGAGAACAAACCCUUUUAUAAUCCUUUCACACUGGACCUUUCUUUGAACGGUGUAGAACCACCUGCCACAGAUGCUCGAAAGCGCUUUGUGGGCACUAACAAAAAUCGAGAUGCGAAGAAGGUACAUCUGCGGGAAGUCGCGGUCGGCACUGACAUCGACUUCCUGGUUGACGAGCCAGGUGUAGAAAAGUCAAGGCGCAUCAGCUUCGACGGCACUAACGGCACUUAUGGCAAUCAUACGCUUAAUACUAACAGAUCUUGCAAGCCAGUAAUUAAUACUAACCCAGGCAAGUUGAUCUCUAUUACUAACAGCGACAUCAGAAACCACAGCAAGCAGCAAUACCAGGAAUGCAAUGAGGGCGAGGACAGCGAAUACACUCCGGUGCCUGUGAAACAGCUGAUACAAGAAUUUGAAAAGACCUGUAGGCCUGUGAUGCAGUACAAGCAAAUAAGUACAAGGGUCAUACCUAUUGUUCAGCAGUGUCCUUUGGAGAGCGACAUAUCGCGCUACUUCGAGGCACGGGUGUCCACCAGGUACGACGAGACUCCCAGGAUGCCAGAGGAAAAAAUUAUUCAUAACUAUGAUGAUGCUGAUGAUGAUGAUGAUGACGACGACAACGACGACGAUGAUGAUGAGUAUGAUGAUCCAGGAUAUCAGCGGAAUGGGCAAAUUUUGUACGAGGAGGAUGAAGAUGAUGAACUGGAGGAUGGUUUCUUGCCAUCGUCUUCUUCUAGAGUCAAUGACGAUCAUCUGUUUCGCCAAGAGUCACCUGUAUCAAGUUUAAUUAAUGGCAAUGGUUAUGUCCCUAUGGAAGCAGUUGAUGAGUACUACCGAAAACACAUAGCCAAUUCACAAACCUUUAAGUUAGAUUCUGAACACAGAAACGGAAGUGACAAAUUUUUAAAUGAUGAUGGUGAUCCGUUACCAAAUGCAAAGUCCUUGCUUCUAGCCAUGGUGGCUUCGCAAGAUGAUAUCCUGGCGACAAUAAAACAUCUUCGCAGUACGCCUGUUCUUGAAAAUCUUGUAUCGAACGCUUCACCCGAUUGCAAGUUCGCUGAUGUCUAUCCGGACGUAGGUAAUAAACUUUACGAGAACAAUUACCAAGGCCCGAAAUUAUCGAGUUUCCAAACUUUGACAAACUACAAUACUGCACCACGUGGCUGGAACCAGUCGCACACGUUCUAUCGUCCUAUCACGUUUGGCAAGCCGCAGGAUACGAUUGUAUAUUCCGAUUUUUAAAUAUGAAUUCGGUAUGUUAUCAUAUACAUAACCUUAAAAAAAAACGCACGCAAAUCUACGUGAAAUUUGCUUCCACUUAUCUGCCAGGGUUUCCCUGUAACGAAACACCGACUUCUCACAACAUGCUCCAAGGAUUCAUACCGAGAUCCAAAAGCUUUUCACGGGAACAUCAAUUUUGCUUGAAGCCUUUCCACAUAAAGAGAGCUUUCCUCCUAAGCCAUACAACGAUUCUCUAGUGUUUAUAUUUUAUGGAAGAAUCAAUGCCUAAAAUCUGUCCUAAUAUCGAUACCAAUGAGAUGAUUAUAUAAUAUAAUAAUAGAGCUUGAGCUUCGUUUUGCUUGGUAUACCUACACGUAUCUUCCUAAGAUAAAAUUAUUCGACGUUAAUCAUGCUUUCUGGCAGUGUUGGAUUAUGGCAUUUCCAUUUAUUAUAUGAUGCGAAUACACGGUGUUAUCAUAAUGCCUCAAAACGUCUACUUUACAUUACAUUUAUUUUGACCUGCAUCUAAUCUAAAAAAUAUUGUCAUCAACCACUCAAAAAAGAAUUACUUAUUAAUUAGAAAUAUAUUUCAUUAUAUCGCCUAUUCUGGCUUUUAAUUAAAUUAUCAUCAUUUUGUCGGCACCAAUUCAAAUUACCUGCCCGCAUUUAUUACAAAGAUAAUAAAGUCACACUAAUUUUAUUCCACGCGUCUACAUCGUCCUGUUGUAGUCAGUGACUUUCAAACAUUAACUAUACUGUAGUUAUAUAUUCUAGCUUAACUGUUAUAAGUCCACACUGGACUUAGGUUAUCAUGAAGUUAACGAUGCGAUGCUGUAAAAUAUAAGUGUGCGACGAC